GGCGCUCCUGGGUUGCUGGUCGAGAAUGGCGGCGCUGGUCGUGUCUCGGUUUACAAGAAGAGGCUGGCUGUGUAAGCUUCCCUUGGCAACACGUAGAGAAUUUUGGUCUCGAUCCAGGAAGGAGAAGGAGCCAGUUGUGGCAGAGACAGUGGAAGAAGUGAAAAAAGAACCUGUUUUGGUGUGUCCACCCUUACGAAGCCGAGCGUACACACCACCCAGUGAUCUCCAGAGUCGCUUGGAAUCUCAUAUUAAAGAAGUUUUGGGCUCAUCGCUUCCUAAUAAUUGGCAAGAUAUCUCCCUGGAUGAUGGACAUAUGAAAUUCAGACUCUUAGCAGACUUAGCUGAUGACUUAGGCCAUGCGGUCCCUAACUCCAGGCUUCACCAAAUGUGCAGGGUCAGAGAUGUUCUUGAUUUCUAUAAUGUUCCUGUUCAAGACAAAUCUAAAUUUGAUGAACUUGUUGCUAGUAAUUUACCACCCAAUUUGAAAAUCAGUUGGAGUUACUGAGCAGUCUGGUCAGAGACCACGUUGGGGGUCAUUCAUUCUUAUUCUCACUAGCAUGACUGAUUUUUUGAGAUGUUACCUACCAGAACUUUUCUCAAAACUUCUUUUUUGUAUACUUUUUUUGCUCCUUGUAGAACAGCACAUCUUCCCCCACACCCCAAGGAGAAUCAACAUUUGCUAAAGCUAUUUUUCCCCCAAUAAAAUCAAGUCUUGAUAACUUA